GCCAUCUAGUGCUUUAUAAACAGUACGUUGGCUGUUCCAACGGAAAAAUACGUCCAACAAAAAUUGAAAAAUAUUUUGUGAAGGUUGCUUAACGCCAAGAGCCCUUUUGAGCCGUGUCUUUCUGAAAAGUUACACAAGUCGCAUCCUUACGCUAUUUGAGCUACCAAACUUCCUAUCUCAUUACUAGUGCCUGCAGGACAGUAUCUCAUCCCCUUUUGUUCAUUUCGCUGCAUCCCUACCUACCUGCACCUACUCUGGUCCCCCCUUCAUCCCAAGUGGUUUUUUUUUAAUACUCUUCGUCAUAAUGUCGUUUUAUCGUUUGGCCGUCCAGGUUUCCCGUCAAUCUAUCAUCUCUUCGAGUGCUCUCGCUCGCACAUCCUCUAGUCGUGCCCUGUUGCAUGCCGCUCAUACUGCCUCUUCGUACACUGCCUCGCGUAGCUUCACCGGUGCCGCUACUCGGCUACAAUCGAUGAAUCGCCGCGUGUACAUAAUGGAGGAUCAGUAUGCAGAUGCUGUGCGUGAGGCAACGCAAAAGCUCGGUGUCAACAGCACCUUUGUCGGCAGUGAGUCUGAGCAAUUCCGCAACCUGGAGAAGCGCGAGCUGCGCAAUAACCUUGACAGCCCCACAUGGGGCUGUGAGCAAAACCGCUCUCCCCUUCGCGCUGCACAAGAUGCUUGAACGUGGAUGCGGCCCAGUCGGGACCGCGUCGGCGCAACUCAAUCCCCCCACAACUCUGUGCACAAGUACACGUCCGAGCUCUCCUUCUUCACCUUUUCCCACAGCCUGUCUUUAUCCUUUUUUUGCCUUUUGGUCUUUCGUUUUUACAGUAAUGCAUUGUUGAAGAAAUCCCGGCCGGC